UCUGGACACAAUCAGUCUAUUGCAGAUUUUCCAACAAGUCGCACUCUGAAAUCUCUGGAACAGUUUCCUUGCGUUCUUUUCUCAACUCCAUUUUUUAAUUUAAAAAAAAAAGAAAAAGAUCUUAAUUGAGGAUUAGUGCAAGGUAAAUUUAGAAAAGAAAAAAAUUUCAGUGUCAUUAACGUUUGUGUUUCCCAGUCCUAAUUUUAGAUCUGCGAUCAAGUCCUAAUUAUUCUGUUCGUCAGAUCGUCUCAUGAUCGCGAUCAGUGAUCAAUUGCCGUUAAAAUUUAGUGCACUUUUUAUCAUUGUCUCUCGUGAUUGCACGAUCACGAAGUGGAAAUACUGAUAAAUUUCUUAUUUAAAUAUAUACCCAUCAGAAUGAAGUUCAAAGUGUUGAUAAUUGCUGCUAAUUAAUAUUCACAUUGAAAUAACCAAAUGACUCUCUCCUGGAGGUUUGUAUUGCCCAGACUCUAGUGAUCUCCAGACUUUCAAGUGAACUUCGUACGGAAAAUUCGUCAUUUUCGCCAGUGGUAUAAAAGCCACAGAAUCCACCAAAAAGCUCCCAGAUUGCUUUUUGAGUGUCUUCCAAGAGCCCAAAUUUAUCAGUUUUACCAAUAAUUUGUAUUUCUCUAAAGCAUUUUUUACAAGUUAUUCGUGCUUAAAAAUAUCCUUUCAAGAUGGUAAUGUCGUUGCUUAUGGCCAAUCUUGACUGUUCACCAAAUGCAGGGAUUAACAAGAAUCUUCUGACCCGGUACACUUCCCUUCCAUUGCCGGAUGGAAAGAUAAUCGCCACGUACAUCUGGAUCGACGGUACUGGCCAGUUUUUGAGGUGCAAGGAUCGUACUCUGGAAUUUAUUCCCAAAUCACCAAAAGAUUUGCCAAUUUGGAAUUACGAUGGCAGCUCAUGCUAUCAAGCCAGUGGUGCUAAUUCAGAUGUCUACCUCCAUCCGGUGACCAUUUACAGGGAUCCAUUCCGACGUGGUGAUAAUAUUUUGGUACUCUGCGAAACCUACAAUUUCGAUGGAACACCAACUGCUUCCAACAAACGUGCAGAAUGUGCCAAAACGGUGCAGAAAUGUGCCCAUGAGGAACCUUGGUUUGGAAUUGAGCAGGAAUACACGCUUCUCAAUUAUGACCAGAGACCAUUUGGAUGGCCCAAAAAUGGUUUCCCUGGUCCUCAGGGUCCCUAUUAUUGUGGCGUAGGAGCUGAUAAAGUCUUUGCCCGGGAUAUUGUUGAUGCUCACUACAGAGCCUGUUUGUAUGCAGGAGUCAAGAUCUGCGGCACAAAUGCCGAAGUGAUGCCGGCUCAGUGGGAGUAUCAAGUGGGCCCAUGCGUAGGGAUUUCGGUUGGGGAUGAUUUGUGGAUGUCGCGCUUCCUGUUGCAUCGGAUUGCCGAAGAUUUUGGUAUUGUGGCUACGCUGGAUCCCAAACCAAUGCCUGGUGACUGGAAUGGAGCUGGAGCCCACACGAAUGUCUCCACUAAGGCGAUGCGUGCACCAAAUGGCAUUGGUGCCAUUGAGGAGGCCAUCAAGAAGUUGUCCAAGUGUCACGAUCGUCAUAUUAAGGCUUACGAUCCACAUGGUGGGCAGGACAAUAUGCGUCGUCUCACGGGACGUCAUGAGACCAGUUCUAUCAAUGACUUUAGUGCCGGAGUUGCUCAUCGUGGGGCUUCUGUGAGAAUUCCGCGGGGGGUUAAUGAUGACAAAUGCGGCUACUUUGAAGAUCGUCGACCAAGCUCCAAUUGUGAUCCUUACAGUGUUGUUAAUGAAAUCCUCAAGACAAUCUGCCUGAAUGUGGUCUAAAGUAAAAAUCAUCAGGGAGCUUUUUUCUGCCCUCAUAAAUCUUUUGUGAUUUCACUUUUGUACUCUUCUUAUCUGAUGCACUGUGAGGGAAAUUGUCAAGUUUUUCCAACCAGGAUCAAAUUUGAAAAGAAAAAUGAUAUUCCUAAGCACCGAAGUAAAUACUGUCUUUGUUAGCUCUGUAUCUUUUUAUCGAUGAUAUUCGAAUGAUUUUCAAAUAAAUCAUGUUGUUGAACUA